CAGAGAGGCUUAAAGAGACAUCAGCGUAGAGGGAGAAAACAUGAUAAUGGCUUCAAAGAAUGUGCAAUAACACGGACACAGUGGGAACUGUCGUCGAUUGGUGAUACACAGAUUUGGAUAUUCUAAGAUGCGCCGCUGAUGUACUGCCUAUUUCCUCUCAACGCAAACUGACAUGCUCUGCGUUCGUAUGUGGACACAAGGAAUGUCUGACACGUCACUGCAAAACCACCUGGAAGGGGCGCUAAGGAUGGAAAACGAUGCCAGACAGUGCCUUGCUUUCAGUAGCUAGUGCUGCGUGGAAGCAAAGGUGUGUGCAUGUGUCUGUAAACACAUGUUAUUGUGACCAUCUACUGAUGACCGUGCUCUUCUGAAGUUGGAUUUUAGGAAGAUUGCAAUGUCUUGUGUCAGAUAUCACUUCCUUGGAUUGUCUGCUGUUGUCAGUACUUCCCCACCUAUAAAAGCAGUUCAUGUCUAGUUUAAACUACAUGCAUAGAACUGUUUUGUGGAUCAAUCAUUCCCUCCACUCUCUCUCUCUCUCUAAAUUUAUCUCCUCCAUCCCAUUCCCCUGUUGCUAGUUGUUUUGGUGGCUCUGUGAUUUUAUGGCAGUGGAGUAAUCGUGGAGAGGCCGGGGUAUCACAAGCUUAUGGAUUUUGAUAAGAGAGGAGGAGGAGGAGCAGGAGUAAAAGGAGAGGUGGAGGAAGGAAAGAGAAUGUCUAAGACUGGUGGGAGCAGGACAGGGCAUGGAGGGGGCCGAGGCUCCGGGACCAAUUCUGGGGUGCUUAUGGUUGGCCCCAACUUCCGAGUGGGAAAGAAGAUCGGCUGCGGCAACUUUGGUGAGCUUCGACUCGGGAAGAAUCUUUACACUAAUGAAUAUGUGGCCAUUAAACUGGAGCCAAUCAAAUCCAGAGCACCUCAGCUCCACCUUGAGUACAGGUUUUAUAAACAGUUGGGAAACUCAGCAGAGGGCGUUCCUCAGGUGUACUACUUUGGUCCUUGUGGGAAAUACAAUGCCAUGGUGCUGGAGCUGUUGGGGCCCAGUCUGGAGGACCUGUUUGACCUCUGCGAUCGAACCUUUUCGCUCAAGACCGUCCUCAUGAUUGCAAUUCAGCUGAUCACACGGAUGGAGUAUGUGCACACAAGAAGUCUUAUCUACAGGGAUGUUAAGCCUGAGAACUUCUUGGUGGGCCGGCCGGGGACCAAGAGGCAGCAUACGAUCCACAUCAUUGACUUUGGGUUGGCCAAAGAAUACAUUGACCCUGAGACCAAAAAACACAUCCCUUACAGGGAGCACAAGAGCUUAACAGGCACAGCUCGUUACAUGAGCAUCAACACACACCUGGGGAAGGAGCAAAGCAGGCGGGAUGAUUUGGAGGCUCUUGGUCAUAUGUUCAUGUACUUCCUACGAGGCAGUCUGCCCUGGCAAGGCCUGAAGGCUGACACACUUAAGGAGCGCUACCAGAAAAUUGGAGAUACCAAAAGGGCAACCCCUAUAGAAGUGCUCUGUGAGAGUUUUCCAGAAGAGAUGGCCACCUACCUGCGCUAUGUGCGGAGACUGGAUUUCUUUGAAAAACCGGAUUAUGACUACUUAAGGAAACUCUUUACAGACCUCUUUGACAGAAAUGGCUAUGUCUUUGACUAUGAAUACGACUGGGUCGGCAAGCCGCUGCCAACUCCAAUAGGACCCACGCCUGGUGACACACCUCUGCAAUCCAGCAGCAGAGACAAAGCACAACCACAGACCAAAAACCAGUCGCCAGAACCCAAAGGAAGUGAGUCUCAGCCCACUCCCGUGACCAACAGGGAGCUCCUGGGGUCGCACCUCACAGCCGAUAGGUUGGGGGGAUCUGUCCAGGUUAUGAGCUCGACCAAUGGAGAAGUGAAUACAGAUGAUCCCACGGCGGGACACUCCAACGCUCCCAUUACUGCACCUGCUGAGGUGGAGGUGGCCGAUGAUACAAAGUGCUGUUGUUUUUUCAAGAGGAGGAAGAGGAAAACACUCCAGCGGCACAAGUGAGGAAGAACAUGUUUGAAACAUUAAGAGUCACUGGUGCGUUUAAAGAAAAAUAAAUAAAUCAAAGGACUCGAUAUGAAAUGUGGAGCACCCUCCAUUUCUAUCUGUGCUCUGAGUGCUGUGCUCCACCUCAGAACACAAACUCACUGCCUCACUUUUGGCAUCUGCUCAGAGAGGACACACCUCAGUACUCUGGGCUCUGACACUCUUUGUAAGGAAACAAUUCAGUGGAACAAAUAAAUAUAUUUGUACAACGUGGGACACCAGAAGAGACUUAAAUGGUCGUACAUAAUAUGAUAUAUGUUAUGUGACUUAAACCCAGAUGGACUGUUUGAACUUGUGCUUUAGAUGAAAUGCAAAACCAAUAUUUGAGAACUAAAAGGCAACCAGAAGCUCCAUACACACACAUCCAUUCACUUCGACACAUUGGCUGAAUGAGUGCGUGAUCUCCCAUGGUGUUUUGUUUGAUGGGGUCAAAAUAAGUGGGGAAAGCCUGCUGACUGACGUAUUGAGAAAUGUUCACCAGAAUCAAACAACCAAUGUAAAUUCUGCCUCUUUUUUUUGCAAUUUAAAAUAAGUUGUUUUCGAGAUCUGUUCUCCCUGAGUUGGACAGUUUUACUCAUGUUGUAGAAUGUGUGAUCAUUUUUUAAAUGCUCUUUAUUUUAGUUUUUUACUUCCUCUUUUUUUUUUUUUUUUUCUGUCAAUGUGGAUGAUGAUGUAGCACAGUGGCUGGUCUCAGGUACUGUGGGAGAUGAAGAUAAUUAUAUGGGAUCUCUCCUCUUUUUAUUGCACUUUUUGGGGGGAAAAAGGAAACCGUCUGGCAUUGAAAUGAACAAAGUAACAGAAAUAAAGACAGAUAUGGGAUCAUUUAUACAGCAGGCUGGUCUCUCCCAAUGGGGGGGCCAGCAUAAAAAAUGCUUUUUAUUUUUUUGCAUUAAAUUAAGUUACCUGGGAAACAUAGUUUGUGCCUUUCCAAGUAAUUAAUUUAACACUAAUGUGUCCCUUUUAAAAUUCCUAUCCAGGUCGAGCUGUCGAUGGCCCUCUCAGAUGGUUUAUUCUCUACUGUGUGCUCCAUUUCUAAUGGAGUCCAUUGGCAUUGCUAAGAUUUCUUUUCACUGUUGUAAAGUGUAUCAUAGCAAAGAUCCACAAGACAUGAGUCUAUGGGUUAAUACGCAGUAACAGAGGGUGAGGAUGUGUAUUGAUUUACAUACCUAUUAAAUGUUGCUUUUCUUCUAUGCUUCAUAAGAUGUUACAUUUGUUUAUGUAUGCACAAUCACUAUAUUGAGUUUGUUUGUUGUGGUGUAUUAUCCUCAACUCUCAACCUUUGUGUCAGCAUUAAGUGACAUGACCUAGAAAACAGAGGCAGUUACAAUAAGUUGCCAGGAUGUGGUGACAUAGAUCAGAUCUGCAAAGCUACAGAUCAAGUGCCUUAAAAAAUGCUUUUAUUACAUUUGAAAGACUGAAUAAUACAAUUUACAGAAAACAAAGGCAUAAAAGCAGGUGGGACAACCUUAUUUCACGCUUUGAACAAUAACUGUUUUAUUGUAUAGUGUAGGAACAGAAUAUUUUGAUCCUUACUCUGGUCAUAUCCUGUGAUUAUUCAAUCAUUAACCUCUUUAAAACAGACAGUCAGAAAACAUGAAUGGGCUGUUUUUUUUUAACAAUAAGGUUGUGUAUAGGUAUUGAUGUGGUGUUAAGGUGAAUGUAUUAGCGGUACACAAUCUAAUUUAACCAUUCUACUUGAGGCAUCUUUACACAGUCGAGUUAAGUCUCUUCUGUGCUGGUUCAAAAUUCUGUGUAAAGAAGCAAUACUGCAUAAAAGCCAGACUAAAUUAUUCCUGCUCUGUCCCACCUCAUCCCCUAGUUCUGAUGCUGCUUUUGUUCUGUGAAAAUGAAAUGCAGCAUCAGAGCAGCCUUGUACUUUGUUGUUAUGAUGAUAGAGCUUAUAGUUCAUAAUUUUGUUUCAUAUUUUAAAGUAUAACUUCAUAUUGUCAUUCAUUUAAUCGUGCAGUAUUCAUAAUUGUAUAGUUAAAAUAUUCAUCUUAGAACAUUAGACAUGUAACUGCUGUGUAAAUGCAUUUAUGGUGCUCUGAGCAGCAUUAAAC